GGGAGUAGUAGCCAUGUGAUAGCAAUAGCACGAUAGCAGUAUAGUCUUUCUUACACAUUUCAUUCUACUGGCGAGACAACGUGCGGUCACGCUGUGACGAUUUUCAAUUACUUUUGUAACUACAAUCUCUACCCAAGGGCUUUUUCUCGUUUCAUUAAUUAAAGAUGUACAGAUUACCGACUGUAUUACGUAGCACAGCUUUGCGUCAAUUGCAAACUCGUUCGUAUGCCAAAGAUGUACGCUUCGGUGCAGAGGUCAGAGCACUCAUGCUGCAAGGGGUGGAUAUCUUAGCGGACGCCGUGGCAGUAACGAUGGGUCCAAAAGGACGUAAUGUUAUUUUGGAGCAAAGUUGGGGUAGUCCAAAGAUUACUAAGGACGGUGUCACAGUGGCUAAGGGAGUCGAGUUGAAGGACAAGUUUCAGAACAUCGGAGCGAAGCUGGUACAGGAUGUUGCAAACAAUACGAACGAGGAAGCUGGCGAUGGCACGACCACUGCCACAGUUUUAGCACGAGCCAUUGCCAAAGAAGGUUUCGAGAAAAUUAGCAAAGGCGCAAAUCCUGUGGAAAUAAGGAGAGGCGUUAUGUUGGCCGUCGACAAAGUUAAAAACGAACUGAGAACUUUAAGUAAGCCAGUGACCACUCCAGAAGAAAUCGCACAAGUAGCUACGAUCUCCGCUAACGGGGAUCAGGCGAUCGGUACUCUUAUUUCAGACGCGAUGAAGAAGGUCGGGAAAGAAGGUGUGAUCACCGUAAAGGAUGGGAAAACGUUACACGACGAGCUGGAAGUUAUAGAAGGAAUGAAAUUCGACAGGGGCUACAUAUCUCCGUAUUUCAUAAAUUCCAGUAAAGGGGCAAAGGUCGAAUUUCAGGAUGCACUUUUGCUAUUUAGCGAGAAAAAAAUAUCAUCUGUACAGUCCAUAAUUCCUGCAUUGGAACUGGCGAAUUCUCAACGGAAACCACUCGUCAUUAUAGCGGAGGACGUCGACGGUGAAGCGCUGUCUACCCUCGUCGUCAACAGAUUGAAAAUCGGUUUGCAGGUGGCUGCAGUUAAAGCACCUGGGUUUGGAGACAACAGGAAAGCCACUCUCCAAGAUAUGGCGAUCUUGACCGGAGGAAUCGUCUUCGGUGACGAUGCGAAUCUCGUUAAGUUAGAAAGCGUGCAGGCCUGCGACUUGGGCGAAGUGGGCGAAGUCGUCAUUACGAAAGACGACACUCUCAUCCUCAAGGGUAAAGGAAAGAAGGCCGACAUCGAUCAUAGAGCGGACGUGAUCAGGGAUCAGAUCGCCAACACCACUUCCGAGUACGAGAAAGAAAAACUGCAAGAACGUCUGGCAAGAUUAGCUUCAGGAGUCGCUGUGCUGAGAGUCGGUGGAAGCAGCGAGGUCGAAGUCAACGAGAAGAAGGACCGCGUCCACGAUGCCCUUAAUGCAACCAGAGCAGCCGUUGAAGAAGGAAUAGUUCCCGGAGGUGGUACUGCACUCUUGAGGUGCAUCCCGGCUCUUCGUAGUAUGAAGGCUUCGAACACCGAUCAAGAAACCGGGAUUAAAAUAGUGGCGGACGCGUUGCGUAUGCCGUGUCUCCAGAUCGCUCAGAACGCGGGCGUGGAUGCUAGUUUAGUGGUAGCGAAAGUUAGUGAAAGCAAUCUCGGUUACGACGCUUUGAACAAUGAAUACGUCGACAUGAUCGAGAAGGGGAUCAUCGACCCGACGAAAGUGGUGCGCACGGCGCUUACCGAUGCCGCGGGUGUCGCGUCGUUGCUGACGACCGCGGAGGCGGUGGUCACCGAAUUGCCUAAAGAGGAACCCCAGAUGCCGAUGGGUGGUGGUGGCAUGGGUGGCAUGGGUGGAAUGGGCAUGGGAGGCAUGGGCAUGUAAUUAAAUCGAAUCCCGUGCAAAGACUGAAUUUCGCAUUGUAAUUAAUUCGUUUAGCAUUGAAAUUCGAUCGCGACGUUCUCGAUGAUCUUGAUAGAAACGCGGUUGAACGAUAUGAUACACCAAUUGAUUAACCGUGACGCAAAAUGCCUAGGAUACUUUACAGGACACACCAUUUCUUUUAUACCGUUUUGAUAUGUUAUCUGAUCAUUUGUUUUCGUUCCGCGCGCGAGCAUCAUUACGUUUGUCUGCGUAUGAAAAAUUGGCUCUUUACCCAGUAACGUUUAGUAUAAACUCGUUUAUAUAUCCUGCUAUACGAUUGUAAAUCCUCUAGCAAAUUGUAUCAUGAACGAAACUGAAUUUAGUCAUUUCCGAAUAAACGAUAGCAAAUGAUAAGACCAUACUUAAGCAUUUGUUCCUGUGUUAAAGUUGUUACCAAAUUAGUUGUAUUUUUUACUUGAUUGUCAACGAGUUAAUAAAAAAUAAAAUACUUGUUUCCAACCAUCCAA